GUUUUAUAUUUUAAGCCAACCAUGAAGUGUUUACUAAUCAUUUUAAUUGUUUUUGUAAAUGUUGUUAAUUCGGAUACAACUAAACGUUUACUUCUACCACAAUUACCGAUUGGUGAGUACCGAUUAAAACCGUUAGCAAUUCUACGUUGUGAAUUAAGCCAGGUGAAUAACUUAAUUAAGAUUAAUUAUUACCUAAGCAAAACGUCUACAAACACCACAGAAAUAAAAGGAAACUUCACCAAUCUUGUGCCCCUUGAUGACUCUUUUAAUGUUGAAAUCAAUAUGGCGGUAAAAGAUUCUGUUGGUGGUUGGAAGGAUAAUGCUCAUAUUUUUAAGUCACCUAAAGCUUGCUCAUCUCUCAAGAAUGUGCUGGGAAAUAUUUAUAAUAGAGUAUUGGACAACUUAGGAAUGCACAAUAUACGUGGUUGUCCUAUUCCCGUGGGAUGUUACGUUUCAUCUGGCAUGAAGAAUAACGAUGAAUUGUAUUCAAAUUUACCUAAGCAAUUUUUUUAUGGGACAUACAAACUACGUUUUCAAUUCACCAAAAACAAAAUAGUCCAUGGAUGUGUAACUUAUAUUUUAGAGGUGAAGCGACCUUGGGAAACUGAUUAAACAUCAAAUCACAAUAAAACUAUAAUGGUUUAUAUUUAUACAACAUAUCAUGUACUAUAGAUACUAGUG